AUGGGGCGCUGGGAGCUCGUGGGCUCCUUCUUCUUCUCUGUGUCCACCAUUACCACCAUUGGCUAUGGCAACUUGAGCCCCCAGACACUGGCCGCCCGCCUCUUCUGCAUCUUCUUUGCUCUGGUGGGGAUACCGCUCAACCUCGUGGUGCUCAACCGCCUGGGCCAUCUCAUGCUGCGGGGCAUGCACCGCUGUGCCCACAGACUGGGGGGUGCCUUGCAGGACCCGGGCAAGGCCCGCUGGCUGGCGGGCUGCGGUGCCCUCCUCUCCGGCCUCUUGCUUUUCUUGCUGCUGCCCCCGCUGCUCUUCUCCUACAUGGAGGGCUGGAACUACAUGGAGGGCUUCUACUUCGCCUUCAUCACCCUCAGCACCGUGGGCUUUGGCGACUACAUAAUUGGGAUGGACCCCGACCGGAAGUACCCAGUGUGGUACAAGAACACGGUGUCCCUGUGGAUCCUCUUUGGGAUGGCAUGGCUGGCCUUGAUCAUCAAACUGAUCCUCUCUCUGAUGGAGACCCCAGGGGAGGUGUGUUCCUGCUACCACCACAGCUCCAAGGAAGACCUCAAGCCCUCAAGCUGGAGACAGGGCUCAGACGGGGAGCCGGAGCCCCACUCCCAACAACUGGCCUGCCCUCCCAUGGACAAACCCCUCAGCCUCAGGGCCCUCCUGGAACUGGACCAGGGGAAGCCUUGGGCCAAGGAAGAACCAGACUCACCCAGUGGACAAGAACAGGAGGCAGACACUCUGCAGGCCGGCAGCCGCGUGGCAGGUAGCGCCUCUGCUGACCCCUCUCAGGGCUGGGCUGAGCACGCAGUGACGAAGGACUGA